UAGAUAUCAAGCAUCGCAAGCUCUUGCUUCCUCCUAAUAGUAGCUACGAAGCUGCAGGAUCUGCAGAGGCUUUACGUUGUCGGAUCCUUCCUUGUUUGUUGGUUACAGAGCUAGGGUUCAAUCAAGUCUGAAAAUGUCGGCUGUAAAUAUUCCUUCAUCUUGCUUGCUGAGAGCUUCACCCAGUGUGCAAUCCCGUGCCUCGAGUAAUCAGGGAUUAUGCUCUCUGGGCUUUCUGAAUAAUAAUAAUGUUUCCAGAGCAUUGGGUAUGAAGCCGUCCUCCACCUUCAGAAACACCUCAACGGCUGCAUACAAAGUGAAACUGAUAACCCCGAGCGGCGAAGAGAAUGAGGUUGAAGUUGGCGAUGAUGAGUACAUCCUGGACGCAGGGGAAGGUGCUGGAAUGGAGCUGCCAUAUUCUUGCAGAGCUGGUUCCUGUGCUACCUGUGUGGGGCAAAUUGUUUCAGGAUCAGUAGACCAAUCAGACGGGUCAUUCUUGGAUGAGACUCAAAUUGAGAAGGGAUAUGUUCUUACGUGUAUUGCCCGCCCUACUUCUGAUUGUGUGAUUUACACACACAAGGAGGAAGAUCUCCAUUGAACAUCAACAUUAAAGGAGCAGUCCUGAUUAGUUUCACUGUAAUUAAUUUUGGCAAAAAAAAAAUGGAAACUUGUGACAGUCGUCGUGUUCAAGGCAUUUGUUGAGAUUGGUAGUUUUCUACAGUUGCCUUGGUGAG